UGCCAGGAACGAGAGGGUUAAAACGGGGAGGCUGACGUAUCGAGCACAGUGAGUGGAUAACUGGGUUGCAACAUCAAUAACAAUCGGUAUAACACCGCUGUUGCAUUAAAUACAGGAAUCCUCCAAGGCUUAUUGACUGCGAUUGGUAUGCGUUUUCACAUCACUAGUAGAACACUGCAAAGAGGAAAUUCUGACUCAUUUUCGUGGGUUCGUUAUCUGUGACGAGGGCGUUACAGGAAAGAUGCCGUGUCCAUCGCGUCUGCCGAGUCGGUAUGCUGUGAAGCUGGUUGUGAAUACCGGGACUCGAGCCAUGCUUCCCGGGGUCGGCGUGUUUGGCACCAGCUUGACCACGCGGGUGAUUAUCCCUCUUCUGAAGAACGAAGGAUUCGCCGUUAAGGCUCUAUGGGGACGGACUCAGGAGGAAGCCGAGGAGCUGGCCAAAGAAAUGAACGUACCGUUUUAUACCAAUAGAAUCGACGACGUUUUGCUGCAUCAGGAUGUGGAUUUGGUGUGUAUCAAUCUACCUCCACCUUUAACGCGGCAGAUCGCUGUCAAAACAUUAGGUAUCGGUAAGAAUGUGAUCUGCGAUCGCACCGCCACCCCUCUGGAUGCCUUCCGCAUGAUGUCGGCCGCCCAGUACUACCCCAAACUACUGAGCAUCAUGGGUAACGUGCUGCGCUUCCUGCCCGCCUUCGUACGGAUGAAGGAGCUAGUGGAGGAGGGCUACGUGGGGGAGCUGCUGGUCUGCGAGGCCCAGGUCCACAGCAGCAGCCUGCUGGGUAAGAAGUACAACUGGAGCUGUGACGACUUGAUGGGCGGUGGGGGGCUGCACUCGGUGGGUACCUACAUCAUCGACCUGCUCUCCUUCCUGACAGGCCAGCGGGCGGCCAAAGUGCACGGCUUCCUCAAGACGUUCGUCAAGCAGACGGCGCACAUCUGUGGCAUCCGCCAGAUCACCAGCGAUGACUUCUGCACCUUCCAGAUGGUGCUGGAGGGCGGCGCCUGCUGCACCGUCACGCUCAACUUCAACAUGCCCGGCGACUUCCGCCAGGAGGUGAUCGUGGUAGGCACGGUGGGCCGGCUGACAGUCAGCGGCACGGACCUGUACGGCCAGAAGAACACCAUGGAUGGAGGGCCAGAGCUACUUCUGAAGGACAGCACCCCUCUGGAGAAGGCCUCCCUACCGGAGAAGGCUUUCAGCGACAUCCCCUCGCCUUACCUGACAGGAACUAUUUGCAUGGUACAGGCGGUGCGGCAGGCCUUCGAGGACCAGGAUGACCGGCGCACAUGGGAUGGAAGGCCGCUGACUAUGGCAGCCACCUUCGAGGACUGCCUGUAUGCACUGUGCGUGGUGGACACCAUUAAGAAGUCCAACCAGUGCGGCGAAUGGCAGAACAUUGAGGUGAUGAAAGAGGAGCCCGAGGUGAGCCCAGCCUACCUGAUCAGCGAGGCCAUGCGGCGCAGCAGGAUGUCACUCUACUGCUAGCACUGGCACCAAAAUGGCCAACUGGUGCUAGAGACUGGGGGUGAGAGAGUGCCCUCAUUGGCUGGCUGUCUGACCAAUAGGGGAUAAGGGUCCUGUUUCGCUUGUCCCCAAAAUUAUGUGAACAGUGAUGAACACUCCUUUAUCUCUUUGUCCUCUUUCCUGGAUGAAUAAGCCUCACACUGUGGGUCUGAGAAAGGGAAACCGUUUCUAUGGAUGCUAGACUCGGGUCAACAGAGGGGUUUUAUUGUACCUCUAGAGAGGUGAAUGUUUAAACCACAGGGGGCUUGAAUGGUUCAGUCCCUGUCUCAGUGUAUGUGUGCUGUGUAUGAGUGUGAAACCAGAGUGCAAAAAACCACCAGAAAAAUCUAUAGUUUGGCUGGUAGGGCUUUUAGUGAAGUCCCCCCCCCUCUGGUAAAGUGUGCAAUAAAUCCUGCCAGAGCUGCAGGCUCGUGGAAUUAUGUCAUCCUGCCUGAAUCAAGGGAAUACCCUUUUUGCCUGCUUCUCGUUUUUGUAGUAACGUCCUUAUGCAAUAGACAGACACAAUCUGUGGAUGGCGACUCAAUCCCGUGCUAUGCUGUGAGUAAAGCCAAGUGUUUUUUCUAUCUCAAGGUCAUUUCCCGCUGCUUAGCUAGCCAGCUAGGUUAGCAUUUGCAUGCGCUAAAGCUUCUUACACAAUAGCGACAAUGUAGGGUAGAACGAUCAGUACUAACCGCUGGGUUGGAUGGGAUACUAGCAUGCGUCAAGCCUCCAGAUAAACACCCUUUAAGACUCCCACUAGGAACACUCUGCUUGGCUACUAGUUAGUGUGAAUAUGUAACAUAGUGCUACUAACUGAAGAAUGUGGGUUAAUUAUUUAUUUUUUUGUUGAGAGAAGACAACCGAUGGUCAUGUACUCAUCACUAUCCACACAGGUUACAGGAGAGAAUGGUAGUGGCACAUAUUGACCUUCAAGCCAACACGUUGUAUUUUAUUCAAGCGCUAUCUUAUUGUUUUCCCAAUGUUGAUUAUCCUACGUCACCGUCUGCAUAAGCCUACAUGUCUAUAGUCUUGUAUAAAACAAAAAGUGAAUUGUUUAAAAUUAGUCAUGAUAUAAAUGUACUGUUUUGUAUUUUAUUUGUUUUUAAACUGUGGUGCAAAAAAGACUGGAACAUGUUUUGAUGAACGCGCUGUUCAGUAUAAAAGUAUUCAUUUUUAGUUUUGGACUGAUCCGUACGGGGAGUGUCUAGUUAGUGGGAGACAGGUGAGGUGAGAGAGGCCUUUGAGCGUUCAGCUCCUACGUGCGUUGGUCCUGUCUGUGGGAUCUCUGAAGAAAAUGACUACUGGAAAACUAUUUUGGUUGGAGUAUAGAAACCUUUUUGAAACAUGUGGUCCUCAUUUGCAUUCAAUUUUGAUAGGUGCAGACAUUUUUCAAAAAUUCUAUCAACUUCCCUUAGGGCUCAACAAGCACGCUUUGUUAGGGCUCAACAAGCGGGCUCAACAAGCACGCUUUGUUAGGGCUCAACAAGCACGCACUGUUAGGGCUCAACAAGCACGCGCUGUUAGGGUUCAACAAGCACGCUUUGUAGCUAUUCAACAGUUAUCAUCUGUCCAGUCAGUCACCCAUUGGGGGCACACUGGUUGAAUCAACGUUGUUUCCACAUCAUUUCAAUUAAAUUACGUUGAACCAACAUUGAAUUGACAUCUGUGCCAAGUGGGAUGCCUUCACCUAUUCAAUGAAACCUGAAACUGGAAUAUUGAUUUAGAAUUUUGGUCGAAGUUCUCAGUUCUGGACAUUCCAGGGCCUAUAUUCACAGGGUGUCUCAGAGUACGAGUGCUGAUCUAGGAUCAGGUCCUCCCUGUCUUAUUCGUUAUGAUCUGAAAGGUAAAACUGAUCCUAGAUGCAUUGUGAAUACGGGCUUUGGUCUCAUAAAGAGUUGCAGCAUUUAGUGUAAGAAUCCUUGUUACAUGUUGGCCUUUCCGAUCGUCAGUAAGCGAGAAGAAGAGAUUCAAGAUCCAAAGAUCAUGUCUUGGUAUUAUGUACUUGACCAUCCUAAUUCUUUAUCCAAUUCUCAGUUAGUCCCCUCUGUUCCUAAGCCGGGUCUAUGGCCUUGUUCCAAACCAUGCACCUCUAAAGCUGCACCCAGAGAGGAAGUCUGUGAGGAUUCCCUUUUGAGGCCUUAUAGGAAGGAGGUGUUAGGACCUAUGGUAUAGUCCCCAGUCUUCCAGUCCAGGAUGGAGCCCAAUAGCUUUCCUAGAUGAAAUCAAACCCUAAGUAAACCCUUGAACUUGACCGUGAAGAUCGCCUUCGCGUCACAUUAAACGUGACGUGUUAGCGCUAAAUCAGACAUUUUAUCAGGUAGAAUCGAUGAAGGACAGAAAGGAUCCAAGUAGAGUCCGGUUUAGCGGUUUGAUCUGGCACACCAGCGUGUUUAGCCGUAAGCCUACGUCUUGACGAGGCGCUCUAGAUGCCAUUUCCUUCAACAUUUUUAGGCCAGUUGAUGAAAAUUGAGUUUGGGUAUUUAACUGGUUGAAUAUUUAAUGUGUGAAAUUAGAAAUUAAUGUUGUGGAAGAUUUCAUGCAUUUGGUGUCCUCUGACUAAUUUGUACAUUUUAAUUUAAUGUCUUCAUGCCAUUUAUUAUUUUUCUUUUUUGCUUUUUAUAAAGUGAACGUUUCAGGUCACAGCCAAUGUUGGUUAAGUUCUAUGAUAAAAUGGACAACUGCUGUACCACCAUCAAACUGCAACAACUGAGAUUUGAAUAUUGUAGUGUGUGUGUCUAUCGCUGUACCUGAAGGUGUUACCCUUAGAGCACUGUAGAUGCUCCUUUGACUGUACGCCCCUUUCUCUGCGGGACUGUGGUAUGAAAACAAAAUCAUAUUGCCAAUUCCUUAUUGUCAUUGCCUGUGGCUUUUUAGGGUGCAUCCUCUUGGCUUAAAAAAAAGACAUGGAAAAAGAAAGUGUAAACAUGGGGGAUGUUACAGUUCAAUAUGUUAAGUUUGUUCUGCUCUGUUUGCUGAAAUGUGAAUAUUUUAGAUCUUCUCCGUGCUGUGCCAACAUUUACAAACAACUUAAGGAGAUUGGGCGUUCCUGAUUUAAUAUAGAUAGUAGUCCAGCUCAGUGUGAUUUAGAUUAGAUAGAUUUUGGGAAACAAAGACCUUAAAAUGUGCUUUGGAUACAUGACCCUCCCCCUCCCUGCCUUUGGUACCCUAAGGGGGGGGUCACUCUGUUUAUAAUGAGAAGCAACCUCAAAGGUGGUUCUUGUACACCCUCAGUUUGUCACCUAGCAACUGUGGCAGCCACUGUGCCAACACUUGGUCAUCUUGGAUUUCUUUCCACUUUCUCUCAUUCUCUCUUACCCUCUCUCUCUCUCUCUCUCCCUCCUCGUUCUAUCCCUCCUCGUUCUCUCCCUCCUUGUUCUCUCUCUCCUCGUUCUCUCUCUCUCCUCUCUCUCUCUUACCCCCUCUCUCUCUCUCCCUCCUCGUUCUCUCUCCUCUCUCUCUCUCCCGCCUUGUUUUCUCUCUCUCUCCUGCUCGCUCUCAGCCUGAAGGACAAAUUGACUUGGUGCUUCUGCAGACCCCUGAUAGCUUAUUCAUUAAGCUCACCAUUCACUCACAAUUUAUUAGAUUUUUUUGGUCUUUUAAACUGUAAGAUGAAAUAUGAUAUUGAUAGAUUUCCUCCACAUUCCUCUUACCAUACAGUGGCCCCUUUUCAUUAUGGCACAGAUGAAGCAACCACCGGUCAAGGAAGCUUACAUUGAGCCUGCUUAUUUUGAUGAAAAUAUAAUAAUUGUUGUUGAUUUAUUAUGAUGGUCAUUUUAGAUUUUAAGUCCAAUGUCAAUGAUGUCAGUAGACUAGAGUCAGAAUAGCUGUUUGUUGGAUGACUGUUGACCCUUCACACUGGGAAACGCUGAACCCUACUCCUUGCCCUAGUGUCUGUUUCUCUGACUACAGGCUGGAGUGGCAGUUAUUUGGCCCAAUAGUCCCAGACUCCCGGCACCUUCGUUUUCCUGGCUCAGGUCAGAGGUAGUGACUGCUGAAAAGGGCAACACACACACACACACACACACACACACACACACACACACACACACACACACACACACACAGGAACUCUCCCUCAACAGGUUUGUAAGUGCUGGUACAGUUAAUAUAAUUGCUGAAGGUAAUGUCCAUCUUGAUGCUGUAUUGACAUUUGUUGACUGUUUAUUGUACUGUAUGUAUAUCGUGGAUGCAUGGACCUUUUGGUAUAUAUUGAACCAACAGGCUCAUAUUGAUCAGUCUUAAACUAGAGAAUGUAUUGUAGGAAUAUAUUUAUCUAUUUUCUAUAUAUCAGAAAAUGACAGUUGUGGUUUGGGAGUUGGGUUGAUGGUGAGGGAGGGAGGGUGUCAGUAAUAUCUGUCCUCUUAGUUUGCUGUAUAUGGAAAGGCUGUGAAUGGAGUCCCCCUUAAUUCCUUAGCCUGGCUCUGUGUCAGUGUUCUACUGUUUGAUCUCUCCGCUCCAGUACUUUGCACUGCUAUUGUGUGUAUGUGUGUGUGUUACUAGUAAGAGAAAGUGUGUGUGUGUGCGUGUUGCUUGGGGGAAAUGUCUUGUUCUGACCCCAUCAUCCUGGUGUUCAACAAAAUGGUUUACCGCUUCAGAACUUGUCCGAUGCUGCAGUUUCUAAGGAUUAAAAAAAAUAAUACCAACCUAAA